AUGGACGAAGGGGAGGAUGAGGUUGAAGCAGCCUUGGCGACACUUUUUAGAGCAUACGACUUGGAUGAGUCAGGCUUCUUAAGUCGCGAGGAGUUCCUUGCCAUCGAGAUGCGGUUGCACUAUGAGGAUGGCCAGGUGUAUCGAGGAGAAUCUGGAAAUGCCAAGAUGACCUUGGCGGAUCGCGAUUCGAGCGGAUUUCUGGACUUUCAGGAGUUUCGAGUUCGGACGCUGACAGCUUACCAGGAGAUGGGCAUGUCCCGUCAGGAGGUGCUGGAUCACAUGACAGAGCAAACCCAGAAGGCCUUGCUGGAGAGAGCCAAGAUGGGGCCGCGAUACCAUGCUGGCAUCAGACAGGCUUUGCGAAACAUCUUCGCUCUCUUCGACGUCUCUGGCGAUGGCUUUCUGUCACCCGAGGAGUGGAUUGCAGCGCAAAAAACGGUAGCCACUGAGGUGAGCGAUGAUCUUGAUGAAGGCUGGAUUGACGAAGCUGCCUUCCAAGCUGCCGAUAGCAAUGGAGACGGUGUAUUGGACAUUGGAGAGUUUUUGGAGGCAAGCUUCUCGAUGUUUGAAGGUGUCAAGAAGCGCACCGAUACGAUUCUGCAGACUCUCCAGAGAAUUGAGAAGGUACUGCAUCAACAAAGGAUAGCAGGGCGCAAGGAAACUGCUCCUGUGACCAUCUACGUCCAAGCCUCUGCGCAGCCUUGCUUCCACCCGCCUUCGCUGGCAUGGCAGGAUGAGCCGACAGAGGAUGCGUGCCGCAAUGCCGAGUUCUGGAAGGAGUGCGGUGAGGUUGCAUUGCCAUUGAAUUUGGCCACAGCUGACGACGUGAUGGCGUUGCUGCGCUUGCACUUGAGACUGUCCCACGAUACAUGGGUUUCCGUGUCUUACAUUGGGCCGCCACGCGACGGAGGAUCAGGUCCAAGAUCUGUGACCCUUCUUCGCGGGGAGCGUCCUGGCGAGGGCAACACCUCGGCAAUGUUGUCUUAUUUGUCCAAGCCCAACGCAGAGCUAAAGCUCUUUGUCAAGAAUCUCCGAAAGCGACCAACCAAGCUGCUUCGUCAGCCACGUGCAUUCCUGGAGGAGCGCGAUGGCUUGUUCGCACAGCGAGUUGGCAUGUCGUGGGGCUUGGAUUGGGAGACGCAACUGGUCGGAGUGGGCGAAAAGCUACCUCCUCGUCCAAUGACGAUGCAAGUUGGCGAAACACUGAUCGUAGAGGUUCCUCAGACCGAUGAGAAUGGAGAGUACAGGUAUUCAGCCAACGCGUACAUGGACAAGACCGACGUGCUUAGCAAGCCGGUGAACGAAAUCAUCGAGGUGAAGAAGGGAAAAAGCAAAAAGAAGGCUGGCCCGGAACCGGAUCCCCUUCUGCAGCUGACCUUUGUUGCCCUCAAAGAAGGGAAGUGCGUGCUCUUUGUGGAUGUUAGCUGGGAGGAUCAAGAAGAGAAGCUGUGCCUGGCGCAUCGCUUGAGCGCUCCAGUUGUCAAGAAUACCAUUGCCCGCAUCGGGCCGGUUGAAAUUGACGUACAAAAGUCGCCUGGGAAGCCGGACAAAGGAUCGCUUCAAUGGUGGAACGGGGAGAAGUGGAGCGCCAAGAAGGGGCCUAAGAAAAAAGGGAAGAAGUGA